GAGACCCGGCUGCGGGUGUACUGGCACGACGUCGUGAGCGGCGGGCCGAACGCGAGGGUGGUGCAGGUGGCGCAGGCGCCGUCCUCCAACGCCUCCGCCACGGGCUUUGGCACUGUGCUCGUCAUCGACGACCCGCUCACCGAGGGGCCCAACCUGACGUCGAGGCUCCUCGGCCGCGCGCAAGGCAUGUACAUCAGCGCCGGCAAGGACAGCCUGUCGCUGCUCAUGGCCAUGAACUUCGUCUUCGUCGACGGCGCCUACAACGGGAGCAGCAUCGCCAUCAUCGGGCCCAAUCAGGCGGACCGGGCCGUCAGGGAGAUGCCCGUCGUCGGCGGCACCGGCGUCUUUCGGUUCGCGCGCGGCUACUGCCAGUUGCGGACCCACUGGUUCGACGCCAAGACCGGCGACGCCACCGUCGAGUACAAGAUCCAUCUCCGCCACGACUGAUGCAUUGUCAGCUGGACUAAUAAUAAACUUGUUGUUCCUACACAUAUGGUUUCCUGAUUUGAACCAAGCUUAUUUUAAAUUUCGAGGGUAUGUGCAUGUGUCGUACGGAUGUGAUUAUUUGGAAUAAUACGAUUUUAAUAAACAUUUCAGUUUUAAAAUGAAA